CAGAAAGGGGCAAAUCCAGAGGGGGGCGUGAUAAGUGUGAUCGCUCCCACCCUAAACCCCCCACACACAGGCAGAACAGACUGAAGAGCAGCAGCAGAUUCCCUGCAUCACCACAGCCUAGCCAGCACACAGCAGCACGUGUUAGUACCCGCCUCACCCCGAUCUCGGUGGCAGUGGGAGAGAGUGUGGAAAAUUGGGCCAGUGAUGAUGAAAAUAAAGGCAACAAAAUUCCCCAGUGGAUGAAAGUAGAGAACAUGAGAACAGCAAGUGGGAGAGAAUGCAGACCGGCAGCCUGACCCUAGUGGAAGAGGGGGUAACCCCUCUACAGUUCAUGAAGAAGAGAAUCAGAAGUCUCUCUCUAAAUGGAGACGAUGACGCUUUCUACGUGGCAGAUCUAAACAACGUGAUACAGAAACAUUGGCGAUUUCUUCAGCAGCUGCCCCGGGUGAGGCCGUUCUAUGCCGUGAAAUGUAACAGUAGUAAAGAGGUUCUGCAGCUGCUUGCAGCCCUGGGUACAGGAUUUGACUGCGCCAGCAAGACUGAGAUAAAGAUGAUACUAGGAAUUGGAGUACCUGCCAUUGAUAUCAUCUACGCAAAUCCCUGCAAACAACCGUCUCACAUCCGAUAUGCAGCCAAGCAUGGAGUCAACAGGAUGACCUUUGACUGUGAGAGUGAACUGGAGAAAAUCUCAGAGAAUCACCCAGCUGCGGAGAUGUUCCUUCGCAUCCACGCCGAUGAUGAAGGAUCAACCUCCUGUCUCAGCAAGAAGUUUGGAGCGCCGGUACAGAUAUGUGAGCACCUCCUGAAGAGGGCGAAGAGCCUGAAUGUGGUGGUCAGUGGAGUCUGCUUCCAUGUUGGUUCUGGCUCCAGUAACCCCCAGAGCUUUCACCAGUGUAUUGCGGAUGCCAGACGUCUGUUUGACAUUGGAAACAAACUGGGACACAAGAUGAGAGUCUUGGAUAUUGGAGGGGGGUUUCCUGGUCACCCUGAUUUCCAGCCGAGAUUCGAGGAGUUUGCUGCUGUGAUCGCUGAAUCGCUGGAUCAGUACUUUCCCAGUACGGAGGAUGUAGAAGUAAUAGCAGAGCCCGGGCGAUAUUACGUAUGCUCUGCAUUUACUUGUGCCAUCAAUAUAAUAACAAAGAAAGAGGAUAAUGUGAGAGCAGCAGAUGGGAAGGACAGAAGAGAACUCUCCUAUUAUCUGAACGAUGGUCUGUUUGGCUCAUUUCUAUCCUCUAUAAUAUACAAAAAAGAAAUUCGCCCUGUACCAGUAGUGGAAAAGGACAUUCUUCCAUCAGCAGAACUCUUCCCCAGCAAACUGUGGGGUCCGUGCUGUACAGAGAAGGAUGUGAUCCUGAAAGAGGUUGAUCUACCAGAGCUGGAAAUGGGGGACUGGAUCAUAUUCCAGAAUGUGGGAGCUUACUACAGCGCCAUUUCCACUAUUUUCAAUGGGUUCCUUCCUCCGACUGUGCACUAUAUUGUCUGCAAAGACAAAUGGAUGCUUUCUGAGAAAAAAAUAAAGUAAAG